AUGCCGCGGCGGGCGACGGAGCGCCUUUCCUACCGCCCCGGCUCGCGGGGCGCCCGCCUCAGCCUCUUCCACGUGAAACUGACCGACUCGGCCCUCCAGGCCUUGCUCGCCUACCAGCGGUGUCAGGUAAUGGGCUGGCUUGGAGGCGAUUGCCGGACGGCCGGUCACUUGGCGGGAGGGGUGGUCUCACUGCCCGCUUUUUUUCUGCAGGUGGCGGCGCCUCGUCCCGUGAUCGCCUUCCAGGGCAGCCAAGGGGUAAGGAUAUUUCCCAGCGCCGUGCAUUGGGCAGGGGUCCUGUCGAGUCCCAUCGCCGGGGCUGGGCAACGGAGGGGCGCCGUGGCCGUUGCUAUCGCCGUGGGCGCCGCCUGCUUGCUAACGAGCUCCCCGCGGCUUUCAGCAAGGCGGCUAACAAGUCUCGCGCGAGCGGCAGACCGAGCCUGGCUGCGGCGUCCUCCCCGCGGAGUGCUCUGCUGUCUUGGCGCUGGAACGGGGCAGCCCGCCCCGUCGAAAGCCGCUUCUUUUUCGGGCUGAAAGUCCCCUUUAGUAGCAAGGGAAGAGGGAAAGAGACGGGGUGGGCAGGAGCCGCGCCUUCGCUGCUCUGUAUGGGGAGCCCCGCCCACUCCCUUCCUGCGCAGGGCCAAGACUGACCCCUGGAAAAGCACCGCCCCACAGUGUUUUUCACUCAGGCAGAGCCAGGUCCCACAGACACAGAAACAGCCCCCAGCCACAUGUCUAGGGUCAGGCCCUGCUCCUGAGGCCAAGGGGCCAGACCAGAUCCCCCCUCUUCUCUUUCUAUGCUGUCCAGUAUCUGAAGGUGCCCUGCGGCGCCACUGCUGGCCGUCGUGACCCACGGACUUUCCGCUUCACCUUCUACCUCUCACGCUAUACGAAGGAGCAGCCGCAGGCCAGCUUUGAUUGCGUCCGCCAGGCCAGUACCAGGUAAGCUGGCCCAGCCCAAAGGCUAUUUCCCUGGGGGGUGGGAAUGGGGGAGAGAGGCUUCCCUGAACAUUGCUCUUCUUUGCCCAGGUGGCUGGAGGGCAGAGGAGCCAUCCAGGAGAAGAUCACCAUCUGUGCCAUGGUUGUGGAGGCCUCCCAGUCCAGAUGGGGGGUAGAGAGGUCGACCUGCCAUAGGGCAGCAGCUGCGUUCCCAAACCCAGGUGAGGAGAGAGGGGCAAGGGGCAGCAAGGGCUUCUUGGAUAGGAGCUGAAGGGGGAAUUGGCACAAAUUGCCACCACCUCUCUCCCCUCCCCACUUCCUGAAAGGAACAAUUUGUGAGCGCUGCCAUUCAAAGGUCUCUGGUUCUAACCUAGAAUGUAUAUAUCCUAAGAAGCAGUGGAACUUGUUUUAAAACCACCUAGCAAACUGUUUUUACUAACAUGUGAUCAUAAUGGAACAGUUUAGUUUGGUAUCUUAACAAAAACCUUAUAACUAGUAUAAAGCUACCCUGGAUUUAUGAAAUCCUUCCAUGUGUGAACCACCUUGAGAUCUUUGGAUUAAGGGUGGUAUACAAAUUUAAUAAGUGGAUCUGAAGUGUAACUUCCAAAUUUCAGCUCAGCUGCUAUAGACAAUCACUGUGGAUGAAGAAUGGAAACUGUCUUCUGCAAUUAACAUUGGGGAGGGGGCAAGUAGCACUGGGGGCUACUGACAGCCAAGGCUGGCUCUAUUCCCUCACUCCCUUUGCCUUGACUUUCUGCUUUUCUGCACUGUAGAGACUGGCACCCUCCUCCCAAGGAAAGCAGCCUCAGAGAGCCCCAGUGGGAAAGGCAAAGGAAGCAGUCCCCCACCCAGUGAGCCCCCAUGGCCACCAGUGCAGGUGCGGGAAGGAAGAGACCAGAGGGCUGAGAGGCUGUUGGGCUUGUUGGAGAGGCCACAACUGCAGGCUGAGGUAGGUCUGGGAGAGGCCGCUGGGCUUCCUCACCUUGCUGGAGCCUUCCUCACCACCUUUACCCCACAGAUGGGGCAGCUGAGCCCCCCAGAAAGAAGUUACAGCUUGAAAGAAGAUUGUCUGCAACCUAGAAAGGAGGCCUGGACAGGUGCUCUGCAGCAGCACCAGGAAACAUCUGAGCACUUGCGCAGGUAGAGCAAUGAGUCUGGGAGUUAGACUACUGGGGAGGGAUAGGGUAUCCUUGUGGUCUUAGUCCUCAUUCUCUCUCCCUCCCUCCCUCUCUAGCAUAAUCCUGUCUCUUUAUGUGUGGGUGCACAGUUGUUCCCACUAUUCUGCUCUGCCAUGGUCAGCUUUUAACAGCUCUCCUUCCACUUCUGCAGGAAAGAGGCCCAGCAAACUUUGGCCAAGCCCUUCCCAUCUGAAAAGUUUGCUCCUUCUCAAGGUGGUAGUCCUUUAAGAGCGGUGAGUCCUACAACAGUGGUGCUUUAAUUCAGAGUCCUGCAAUGGUGGUGCUUUAAUUCAGAGCAGUAGCAGCGACAGCCGAUGAUGCCAUGGCAAGGCUGUGGUUGCAUCACCCCCUCUGGGCAGCCUCUCUAAUUCCCAGGCAUUGCAGGCUCCUGUGGGCACAGGGGGAGGGGGAGACUUUCUUGUCUUCCAUUUCUGCUGUUCGAAUUUGCCUGUCUGUGUCUGUGCUACUGCAUGGUGGUUUUCAGUUGAUCUUCCUGCCUAGAGGGAACCAUCAUUAUCCUGUUGUUCCUAGUAUCCACUUGGCAGAUUAGACUGUAAGAGAGGGCUUAUCAUUUGCCAUACUCAGACACAGUGCUUUAAAGUGGACUGUGCCUGGAAAGAGUGAAGUGUGGAUAUUAUUUUUCAGAGACUACAACCUCUCCGAGCUGCACUUGGGCCAAGAUCCAGGAGAUGGCAGGGGCCUCACUUUACAGGAGCCGAGAGCAGCUGGUGGGGACGCAAAAUGCAGCCUGCAGUGGCAGUGAAAAGCAGGGCCCAGACCGAUUGCAGCGACAUCAUAGGAGAGGUUCAGAGCUCGGAUGAGGAACCUGAAGCAGGAAGUCAAAGAGCACCAGAGGUCGAGUGGCCAGGGGAGGAGGAGAGGCAGGCAGGUGAGGAGUCUGGCAGGUGCACUCCCAACACAAACAUCAAAUAUGAUGGCAACUGGAACCUCUGCAAUCUGCUCCUGACCUUGAGCAAAAUGGAAAGCUCAGCCUUCCCAGUCAGGCAGAAUGGUUUAAACCAGGAGGUACUUGUACUGUCAAUUUGGGCCUAAAAAGCUGUCUAGAACCACCUUCUCAAUCUUCCUAGCCUUCCCGGUGUUUUGGACUGCAGAGCAGUUGGGCUGAUGGGAGGUGUAGACCAAAAUAUCCAGGUGGAAUGAGCCUGGGAAAGCAUUGAGCAACACACACUGGUGGGAGAUGCUGGUGUCCAAUGCAGGACUGCAGGGCAACUGCUGCCACCACAAUGACUCUGCUUUUCCUUUUCCCCUCCCCAGACCAUGCCAGCACUUCAGAGGACAACCUCAAGUACUACUUGUAAGUAUUUAGCUGCACUGCACACAAGGCAAGGGCAUUUUUCAUAGGCCUCAGCCAUUUGGGAACCAGCAUCAUUUUCACUGGUGCCCAGCCUUGUUGUACAUUUGGUGUGGGGAUCUCAUGCCUAGCGACCAAAUGGAGCUUCUGGAAGACUGUCCAUGCUGGAACACAAUCCUUGGGACCAAAAAAGGUUCUACUCCUGAUGUGGGAGAUGGAUUGGAGAGGUGGCUGCUGCUGUUGGCCUUCCCAACCAAUAUAGUGUUUGAUACAUUGGGUCAAAUUCCCCAAGGGAGGAGGCUCUCCCUUUCCAUCUUCUGACUCACAUAAUGUGUCUUUUGAAACUAGGAAAUAUGUCCCUAUUUGCUCAGUAAAGCAGUACAGAGCCUACCAGGAGGACUUCAGUGCAGACUACACUACAUACCGCCACCUCCAUGCCAGGAUUGGGAGUGUGAGCAGGAGGUUUGCCCAGCUGGGCACAAGGCUUAGGCGAAUGCAGCAAGGAACCAAGGAGUACAAGGUAACAACAUUCCAGGAAACAAAAGGGAACAAAGGGGAAGGGACAUUCCCUGCCUGGUCCUGGGCUGAACUAGCUCUCUUGGGUUACAGGUCCUAGAAGAUCAGAUUUUGCAAGAAUACAGGCACUUCAAAAAGGUGAGGAAACCAGGCUGGCAUCAGGGAGGUGGGUGCUUUCUUUCCCCCUGGUGGCUGAACUGUUUCCUUCUCUGCAGGUGUAUCCUAACUACCAAGAAGAAAAGAGACACUGCGAGUAUCUGCACCACAAGCUCUCCCACAUAAAGGCUCAAAUCCUAAACUUUGAGCAGAAUGUCCCUCCGGCUGGGCAGAGGGGCUGUGGCGAGAGGAGAUGAUGAGGGCAGCAUUCACCUGCAACUCCUCACAGCAAGCACAGGGGGGGCUCUAGUGUUUCAUUACAACUGCUUGCUCCUGGAGUGAGCUUUGUACAGCUUAAGAACAGGCCCAGCUUACAGUAUGUUCCUCUUAGGUUUUGGUCCAAGUCUGCUCUGCAACAUCUUGCUAGCUGAAAGCAAUUUGAAAAGAAACACUUAAAGCAGGGUGAGGGCGCUCCCUUUUCCCCAUCCUUCUGUAGCAACUUGUUGUGGCAGCCUAAAGUUACUUCAAGCUAUCCACAACCAGAGCAGCC